AUGAAGGAUUUGCCCCUGUCCCUGCUGAGUCGGGGGUGUGGUCGAUUUGUCUCGUCCAAAGGGAACACGGGGGGACAUGAUGGACGGCUGGACGUCUGCUUCACGCCGCAGGAUUAUUACAUCUGGAAGUCCCAGGACUCUCUGCUGCGUUUGUCCAACAGCGGCCGUCUGCUUGUGGAGGCCGAGUCGGCCCUUCCAAAGACCUACAGCACCCGCAGGGGGCCCCUCCUGCUGUACUCCCAGGACUUGGUUUCUAUGGAAACCAGUUGUCGCUCAGAGAUCAGAGACAGGAAGCAGAGGGUUGUUCGGCAGUACCCUCGACAAGUGGGACAGCAGCUGAGUACCGUCAAGGAGUUAUCAGCGGCCAUUUUGAGCUACAGCAACACUCAGUUCCCCACCUCCAGACUCAGCGCACUCUUUUUCCCUCCUCUUCAUCCCCCUCUUGCUCCAGACCUCCAUCGUCUCAAUCCUCCCCGUCCAGAGCAGCUCGCACAUUUGAACCCCCAGUGGCUUCCUGCAGAGAGAAGCAAUGCACAACUGGAGAAUCAACCGGCAGAUAAAGAGGAGGAGCAGGACAGCAGGAAGAGGGUCAGGCUGGAUCUGUUCCUCCAGAUACCCAGCACCUCCAGGACUCCAACUCCACAGAUGGAGCCUCAGCCCUGGAUACACUAUGUAGCAGUGACCCCUGAAAAACAAGAAGGACCUCAGACCUGCGUAGACAUUGGUCUGCAGCACACGGAAAUAAGUAUGGGAGGAGAGCUCCAUCAUCCGGGCAUGAACGAGGACCGAGACGUGGCAGAUGAUCAAGGCUGUUGCCUUCAAGACACCGGGAUGACGACCAGUGAUGAAGGCAACUAUGAAAGAUCGACAAGUGGGAACAGACGCGGGAGGACAGGCCUCCUUCCUCCUCUGACAGUGAGAUAUCCAAACUGUGAUGCCCCCUGUUGGGAGAAGACAGACAGGCUGAGAUGGGAGGGUCCCGGCAGUGAUGAACACCAUGCCAGGUGCCUACCUCCCAUAGCAGAGGGUCACACGGUUCCCCCAAGCUGGGGAAUCCAGGCCCAACAGGAAGCCCGACCAAAGGCAGAAAGAGUUGGGUUUCAAUCCCAAGAAAAUCUGAAUCGACUCCGCCAGCAGCCUCGGUUUCUUCCUCUGCUGUUUCCAGGGAAGGAGGAAGAGAUAAGUGGACAGCAAAGAAGAGGAGGGGGGAAAACAGAGAGACAAUGCCAUGAAAAAGAGACGGUAGGGCAGGGGUGUGAAGGAGGAGGAGGAGGAGGAGCACUGCCCUCUAUGAUUCUGCUGGAGCCAGGAGAAGAGCCUCCUCCUCCAGGAGGAGCGUUGGGUUGGGUUGCGGGACGGAAAGGCCCGGGCAAACAGAGCUCUUUCGCCUUCUUACAGAACCUCCAGGAUCCCCGUGGGCCCAGCGACGCUAACAGAGGCGCGGUUAGAGGCGUCCUGCCUCUGGAGCUGAGAGAUUUGCAGAACGGUGAAUCCGUGGGCAGCCUGAUCUUGGGUCCCGACGGGGAGAUUAUUCAACUGUCGCUGUACGACAGCCCGGGCCCACCCCACGCUGAUGGGGGCACACGGGACCGAGCUCUCCAGGUUUUGUCUGCAGAUGGAGAGAAGUUACCCUGGGUCAUCGUGCUGCAGCCUGAACACACACACGCAGAGGGAGAGGUGGAGCUGCCCUCAGACGUCCCCGUGGGUGUCAUCCAGCACCGUCGGUCCGUACACGAGCUCUUAGAUCUUCCCAGACCGAAAGAGACUGAUGCAUGCUCAGCCAGCAGCUCCACAGGCCCAGCGGCUGUGACCGAGGACAAAGCGAAGGGUGCAGGAGCAGUGUCCAAAAAGUGGGUGAAGGGUGCUAAGAACCUUACACGGAUGCCUCCUCUGAGGGAGCGGGUAGGGAGCGAGGAGCAAAGAGGAGGCAGCACUGAGGAAGAGGAGGACGAAGGGGAAGAGCCGAGCAGCACGGGACAGAGAGGUCACGACGAGACUCCUCGCGUCACAACUGGUUUCAAAGACCUCGACUCAAGCCAGCAGGACUUCAGCCCUAAUGGAGCCCCGGCAGAGGGCGCCGAGGACAAAGGGAGGAAGGACACGAAAAGGAAGGACGUCGAGGAAGCUGCGACAUCCACGGGGAAAAGGGAGAUGAGAACGGGGAGAAGUGCGGCACCAGACGGACGGAAGGCAUCGAGGACGAAGGGGGAAGGAAGGCGGCCGAAGGCAGGAAGUGGAACUCAACCAGUCGGGAGACGGGAAGCGGAGCGGCGGCCCGACAGGGAGGCAGCAAACCCUCCUGUGGUGAGCCUGAUGUUUGUUAUUCAUAAAAGAACGAAAGAGCGUGAAGGAGAAAAAGGACGAGUGAAGACGAAGGAGGAGAGAGACGAGCGAAGAGGAGCGGGGGGGGCGAAGGAGGAGGAGCCUGCAGGGACCAAGAAGAGGAGGAGAGGAAGACCGACGCCCGAGGAGUUAGCUGUUGGUUCCCCAGAGGACCCCCUAAAGAAAGAGGAGGUGGACAUCAGCCAGGAGGGCUCUGACAUGAGGACCACCAAAAGGCCGUCUGCAACACAAAGUCACCGUGGCGAUGCAAAAACUCCUUCAGACGACGACCCCGAGCGUCUUUCCAAACACAGCAGCGUCCAAUCGGUGAGCUCGCUCAGGUCCGCAGCCGGCCUCCACCAGAGGGGCUCCAGGAGGUCCACCGCCUCUUCCUGUGAGGGGGGGGCGGCGCCUGCCAGCGCCCCGGGUGUCGCUUCAUCGCGUGGACGCCUGUCAUCAUGCUCCACUGUCAUGGUGACGGAGGAACAGCUGACGCUGAACCCAGUGAAGCCAGAGUUCAACAGGCCCAGGAGGACUCGGGAGGAGGAAGAGGAGGCUGCUGCCGCUCUGCGUCUGGCCGAGCGAGCAGAGAGGAGGAGGCAGGAGGUGGAGAGGAAGAGGAGGGAGCGGGAGGAAGAGGAGAGGAAGCGGCAGCAGAGGGAGCAGACGGAGGAGAAGAUGAAGAGCGAGCUGGAAGAGGAGAGGAGGAAGAGGGCCGAGGAUCUCAGGAUGAAGAAACUGGCGGAGGAGCAGGAGUGGAGGAGACGCGAGGAAGAGGAGCAGGAGAGAGGAAGACGGGAACAGGCGCUAAGGGAAAAAGAGAGGAGGAGGCAGGAGGAGAGGAGGCGGCAGACGGAGCGCCUCCAGAAGAUGAGAGAGGAGGACGAACAGAGGAGGGAAGCUGAGCUAGAGCGCCUGCGCCUGGAAGAAGAGAGGAGGGAGGAGGAGGAGAGGGAGAAGCUGCAGGAGAUGGACGAGGGCGAGAGGAUAGAGUACCUCUGUCGGAAGGAGCUGGAGGAGGAGAAGAGGAGGAACGAAGAAGAGGAGCGCAAGAGGAGGGAAGAGGAGGCCGCGGAGGAGGCCAGGCUGCAGACGGAGCUGCUUGACAGGCAGGUGGCGCUGUUGCAGCAGCAAUUGGCCUUUAAAAGGGGUCUCGUGUCAGAGGCUGGAGGUCUGGAGAAAGCUCAGGGCAUCUCCAGACCGUGGAUCUACUCUUAUUUCACUCUGUUACAGCUACUGGGUCUGAAUCCAACGAAGGGGUUGACCUGA